AUGGAGGAUGUUCCUAUACCAAAAGGAAAGUGUCUUCGAUAUAGAUGUGGCUUUCAAGAAUGCCGUUGUGAUAGACAUUUUUCCAUAGUUUCGGUUGUAGAGCAUCUCGCGUCACAUUUUGCAAAGACAAACGGGAACAGGCACUAUCACUAUCGUUGCUGUUCCUGUGGGAUGCAUUUCUUCAACUUGAGUAUGACGGCAUCAUGCCAAUGUAAAACGAAAAAGGACGGUCGGCUUCAAUCGGUGCGGAAAGACUUAUCGUUGGCUGCGGUUCGGCACGACAUCUUUUUCGCCUCCUACUGCAAACUCUAUAUCAUUCCUGUGUUGGUCGAUGAUGAUCCACGCAAUAAUCAUCACGUACCUGGCCCGGAGUCAUCAAGAAGAUCAUCGAAAGUCGCAACACCACAGCCAGGUUCCAGAACUCCAGCACCUAACGGUUCAAGGACGCCGAGGAAACCUCGAGAGGAGGACGAUCUGAACGAUUCCCAUGGUAGGUCUCGAACUGACUCACCGACAUUGUUUUUGGUGGGCCAUAUUAUGGCUGGAGAACACACAACGAGGGGAGACCGUGCGCAAGGAAGGGACUCAGAGUCCCUUCUUUGCGCACUCUCCCUGUGUUAG